GAAUAUGGUAAAUCGCUAAUACUUCAUUUCUUAGCCUACCUGAGUAAAAAAAAACAUUAAGCAAUUGUGAAAGUUUACAAAACAUAUUAAAAUUGCAAUCAUAUUCAAAUAAAAUUACAAACAAAAAAUGUCAAAAUAUAUGAAAUCACGUUACGAAUAUUCAAAGAAGAGAAGAGAAUUUGGACGACAACCUCUUUUCCAAGCAGUGCCCGCACAAAUAUUAUACUCGAUAUAUCCAAACGAAGAAGAGCAAAGACGGUAUAUACUCCGCAACCCGGUACACAGAGAGGUGCAAGCGACAAUGCCGCAAUCGGAACACGAUGCGAACACAAAGGAAUUGGUUAUUCACGAACAAGGCAUAAAUCAUACGGAAGGUGGCUGGCCGCGUGAUGUCCAUCCGUACAACGAAGAUCAUGUAACGAGGUAUAGACGACGCGUACAACACGAAGACGGUUACGUCAACACUGUCACUAGCCUUCACCCCCAAGUAGAACAUUAUAUUGAUCAAAAUAAUGCCAUAGAUAUGUAUCAAACGUAUUUUGCUGAUAUGACCCCUCAGCCUCCUGUUGAAAAGUAUAAUCUACAAAUCGCUAACGCAUUUUAUGAUCCUCAUGCCCGACCAGUUUCAUGCAUUGUAUGGACUAACGAACAACCAACUCGUUUAGCCAUUGCGUACUGUCAAAAAAUCAUAGGCGACAAGUCGAGCAAACCUAAUUAUUUCUCCAUAUGGGAUAUACAACGACAAACCGCACCGCUUGUCGAAUUGCUACCAGAAUAUCCUUGCUGGGAAUUAGCGUGUUCCCCGGCACAGUCUGAAAUAUUGAUAGCGGGCCUUGAAAAUGGCACCGUUAAUAUAUUCGACAUCCGUAAAGGUCAUGAUGCAAUAUCAAAAAGUUCUAUUUACAAUUCUCACAUUGGACCUGUAUCUGGAUUACUUUUCACACACACUAGAACAAAUACUGAGUUUUUCACAGGCUCAUUAGACGGCUACUGCCUUUGGUGGGAUACAAGAAAUUUAUCAACACCAAUAGAUAGAUUGCCGAUGUCGGUGAGAUUUUCUCCACGAGAAACUCCUAAUAUGUCUAAUGCUGAAGGGGUAAGCUCGUUACAGUUUGAUCGAGGACUGCCAACCAAAUUUUUAUGCGGGACAGAGUCUGGAUUAGUUAUUAAUGCGAACCGUAUGGGAAGGAGUCACUCGGAGAUCUUGACAUCAUAUUGGGAGGCGCACACGGGACCGGUCCGCGCGAUUCAUAGAAGUCCGUGUACGUUAAGAAUGUUUAUAACAUGUGGGGAUUGGAACGUUCGCAUAUGGAGCGAAGAGGUGCGAACGGCGCCUAUAAUAGUCACCAAACCUUACCGAAACCAAGUUACCGAUGUCACGUGGGCUCCGCUAAGACAUUCUAGCUAUAUGGCCAUAUGUGAAGGCGGAUUCUUUUAUUAUUGGGAUAUUUUACGUAAUUUUAACGAAGCUGUAGCAACGUUACAAGUCUCUAAACAUGGACUGACUAAACUGAGGCCCCAUAGAAAAGGACAGAUGGUAGCGAUAGGUGACGAUCAAGGAACGACGUAUUUGCUUAAUUUGUCUGAUAAUAUGACGUAUCCAGAUGAGCGCGAUAAACAACUCGUCCAUCAAAUUUAUGAUCGGGAGACGAGACGUGAACAUAUUUUGGACGCGCGCCUGAAAGAGAUCCAUUUGAAACAUCGCGACGAGCUGCCUGAGAUCCAAUCUGUAGGGGAGUCUGCCAGUGAAGAAGGCGGGGAGAAGAGAGAGGAAAAGAAGUCUGUAGGUGACAAUGAAUAUCAAAGUACUGAAGAAGAAUACUUUAGAAUUGUUAAACAAGAACUGGCAAAAAUGGAAAACGUGAACUUAUAAACUUGUCGGUAUUCGAAUUACGAGUAUCAUACUUAUAUUAUAAUAUAAAUGCGUAUGUUUGGAUGGAUGGAUGUUUGAAGGUAUCUCCGGAACGGUUCAAC